UACACACACACACACAUUUUGCGUGUCACACCAGUUUAAACUGAUAUCAAACAUCUUUAACUUGGUCCCAAAUCCUGACAAGGAUUGAUUUACUGAUGAAAGAUUUAUCCACUAUCAUACUUUUGGGCAGUAUUAAUAGAAUCAACUAAAUAUUUUCGUUACUCUAUUUCAGGAACAAUGCGUUUUAGUACAAACUUUAAGCCGUAUGUUCUGCUUCUCGUUGUUGGAAUCUUCUUGCUUCUUGGGUAUGUCUACUUCAGCUUCUUCUCUGAAAGGCUCAACCGAGAUAUCCCAGUUGAUGAGGACGUGAAGAGCAGCAGCCCGAGUAAGCCCAUGGUCAGGAGCAGAGUAUGGAACAUGGUCUCUCCAGAAAAGCUUUUGUACAAGCAGCCCAGUGUCUUGGUGGGACGUACUGAUGUGGUGACAGUGACCCCAUGGUUGGCAUCCAUCAUCUGGGAAGGCACCUUUGACCCUGUGCUCGUUGACAACAUCUACAAGCCCAUGAACCUCACCAUAGCAACCACAGUGUUUGCAGUUGGAAAAUAUGUCAGCUUUCUCCAAGAUUUUCUGGAGACAGCGGAGAUGCACUUCAUGGUCGGCUUCAACGUGCGCUACUAUGUUUUCACUGAUCGUCCCCACGAUGUUCCUUCGGUGAACCUAACUCAGGGGAGACAUUUAAGUGUGAUCCAGGUCCCAGGUUCAAACCGCUGGCAGGAGAUAUCAGCCCGGAGGAUGGAGAUCAUCCAGACCACCAUUGAAAGUCAGAUCCGAAGGGAGGCCGACUACAUCUUCUGUCUGGACGUGGACAGCAAGUUCCACGCUCGCUGGGGGGCCGAGUCUCUUGGAAGACUAGUUGCUGUGAUACACCCAGGCUACUAUGAUCAGACCCGUGCCAACUUCCCAUACGAACGGCGUCCAGCCUCGAUGGCCUACAUCCCCAUGGAUGAGGGAGACUACUACUAUGGCGGGGCUAUGAUCGGAGGGUUCGUGGAGGAUGUGUACACACUUACAACGGUAUGUCGGAACCGGUUUGCGGUGGAUGCUGGGAAUUCCAUCGAGGCUGCCUGGCAGGAGGAGAGCCACCUCAACAGGUACCUGCUCUAUAACAAGCCCAGCAAGGUGUUGUCUCCCGAGUACCUGUGGCAGGACUUCAAGGCCAAACCCAAAGAGGUCAAAGUCAUUCGCUUUUCAGGGGUCAUUAAAAACUAUGCUGAAGUUCGUCCCAAUGUAUAAAAAGAGGAAGUGGAUAUUUGACCAGCAGAAAAAAACUAAAUUCAGUCUUAGCGGUAUAAAUUCAUUGUGGUUAUGGUUAUGUUUAGGUUUAGGAACAAGGGUUAGGUUAGGGUUGCGUUCGGGUAUCAUUUUGUUGAGUUACGUUUGUGGGUUGCGGUUCGGGAAAGGCAUAAUAAUUUUUAAAAAAUUGGGUGAUACUGAAAUUUGACCUGCUACAAACGUGGAUGUUUUUUUAGAAUUAGGCUGUAAUGUAACAAAAUGGGGAAACGGUGAAGGAGUCUGAACACUUUCCAAAUGCACUGUAUUGAAAUGUUUGUUGAAAAUUAAAGGAGGAGCUUUAUUA